ACGAGGGAGCCUUUGCCGGUCUCCGUCUCUGAACAACAAUUAAUCAUCUUUCUCCGAGAGGAGAGCUUUCCUUUGGGCUUGGAAAGCAGGGCAGAAGAAGAAGGGCGAGGCCGAACGAGAGGGAGAGAAGAAUUUAUAACAAUGGGGAAAGGGGGUGAGAGGAUAUCAUCAAUGGCGGAACAGGAGAAAGACGAAGGAGUAGUAAUGGCGUCGGAUUUCUUCUGGUCUUACACCGACGAGCCUCACGCCUCCCGCAGAAAACAGAUCCUCUCUCAAUACCCUCAGAUUAAGCAGCUCUUCGGCCCUGACCCCUGGGCUUUCUCCAAGAUUUCUGUGGUUGUGAUCCUCCAGCUAUGGACAGCAACAUUGCUCCACGACUCAGGGUGGCUGAAGAUGCUAGCCAUUGCCUACUUCUUCGGCUCGUUCCUAAACCACAAUCUCUUCCUCGCAAUCCACGAGCUCAGCCACAACCUCGCCUUCUCCACGCCGGUCUACAACCGCUGGCUCGGAAUCUUCGCCAAUCUCCCCAUUGGCGUCCCCAUGUCUGUCACCUUCCAAAAGUACCACCUUGAGCACCACAGGUUCCAAGGCAUGGACGGCAUAGACAUGGACAUCCCAAGCCAGGCCGAGGCUCACAUUGUGCGCAACGUGGUGACCAAAUCCAUAUGGGUUCUCCUCCAGCUAUUCUUCUACGCUCUCCGCCCGCUCUUCCUCAAGCCUAAACCACCAGGCUACUGGGAAUUCAUCAACUUCUUCGUCCAGCUAUCCCUCGACGCAGCCAUGGUGUACCUCUGGGGGUGGAGGUCCUUCGCUUACCUGAUCAUGUCGACGUUCGUAGGGGGAGGGAUGCACCCGAUGGCGGGCCAUUUCAUCUCGGAGCAUUACGUGUUCAACCCGGAACAAGAGACGUAUUCGUACUACGGCCCCCUGAAUCUGCUGACUUGGCACGUAGGUUACCACAACGAGCACCAUGAUUUCCCCAGGAUCCCUGGGAGCAAGCUACACAAGGUGAAGGAGAUUGCUCCGGAGUACUACGAGAGCUUGGAUUCGUACAAAUCGUGGAGCCAGGUCAUCUAUAUGUACAUCAUGGACCGCACGGUUGGACCCUUCAGCCGGAUGAAGAGGAAAGUGAAGAAAUCCGAGUGA